AUCUAUAUAAUACAUCUUAAAGCAGAACCAACUCUUCAAUACAAACCUUGAAUCUGAUUAUUUGAGCAUCUAUUUGCUUCUCAGAAGCUUCAAAUUUCAAUUUCUCAAGACGACAAAAAAUGGCUUUGUUCAGAGGUCUCUUGAUUGCAAAGAGGAUUAUUACCCUUUCUGUAGCGGCUAAAAGGAAUGUUUCAGCGCCAAAGGGGUUUCUUGCAGUGUACGUUGGUGAAGACCAGGUCCAUAAGAAGAGAUAUCUUGUGCCAGUCUCAUACUUGAACCAGCCUUCAUUUCAAGAUCUACUCAGUAAAUCAGAGGAAGAGUUUGGAUAUGAACAUCCAAUGGGUGGAUUAACGAUUCCUUGCCCUGAGGAUACCUUCAUUAACGUGACUUCCAGGCUUCAAUAAUGAUGUUCAAGAAGAAGAAAAAACUUACAUAUUUAGAGAUAAAGUUAUUCAAUGUAUAUAUGUUAACCCUUUCCUCUUUCUUUGUGAAAGAGAGUUACUCAAAUUUCUAUGUAAAGACAAUGGUUUCUAUUAUACAAAUUACAGCAAGUUUUCUGAGAAAAU